AUGUCAUCCCAGAGAACUCUUACCGAUGCCAUCAAGGAGGACCAUGAAGAGAUGUAUGAAUACUACGACAACUAUAAGAAGGCUGCUGGGGACGCAGACGCACAGGCUCGUUGGGCACGUCAACUUACCUGGGAGAUUGCGCGCCACGCUGUAGGCGAAGAAAUUGUGGUAUACCCGCUCAUGGAGCAACACAUGGGUCACGAAGGAAUCAAGCUUGCAGAUCAGGAUCGUGCAGACCAUCAGAAAGUAAAAGAACAACUCUAUCAACUGGAAUCACUCACAGCUGGAACGACUGAUUAUGAUACUUUGAUGACCCAGAUUAUGGCUCAUCUUCGCCAGCACAAUGACAGCGAAGAAACCCAAGAUCUUCCUCAACUUGAACCGAAACUGGGCCAAGAAGGUAGUCAGCACGCCGCAGCUACCUUUACCAAAACGAAGAAAUUUGCUCCUACCCGUCCCCACCCAUCUGCCCCAAACAAGCCUCCCGCAGAAACCCUUGCGGGAUUUCUCGCCUUGCCAAUCGAUAAACUCAAGGAUAUGUUUUCCAAAUUCCCAACUGAAGAAAUGAAGAAAGCUGCAGAACGAAACUAA